GUUGAAUUCGRCGCGUAUUUGUAAUAAUGUCUCGCAAUUUGGGUGUAAUACGUGCAAAAUCGUUACAAAACAUCGUGUAAACAACUUAAAUUUUUGUUAUAAACGUAUGUAAACGUUUAUUGGUGAAGUUAAAUGUGAUUUCGGAAAUAUAUAUUUUUGUACACAGCUAACCUCACUUUUUCAAUAAAAAAUGUCAAUUUCUAUUAAAAAAAUUGUAAAUUUACCGGAGGCGGCACUUAAAUUUUUAGUGCAGGAUGAAAUUGAGGAUGAACAAUCACACGAAUAUAAGACCAUUGGAGGGGUCUUUCCUGGCAUUGAUUACGUCUGGUUAUCAACUGGCCCUCACUUAGAAGUUGUAAACACAAAAAUGGGUUGUAAAAUAGGAGCGUGGUCUUUUGGCUGGGUCCUAAAAGAUUCAAACACAGAAGUUGUUUGUGUGGAUAUUAUUCAAAGACCAGACGGAAGACUCCCUUUUCUGGCAGUGGGAAUCGACUGCGAUCUGAGCGGGGGCAUGGUCUGCAUUUUUGAUUUUGCCACGUCAAAAGUUAUUAGGGCUAUACACAUUACAGAUAAGAUUACUUGUCUUCACGUAAUUGAUCCCGGUCACGACGUAUUUACUUUACCGAGUCCUCUGAGAAAUUUUGAUGGUAUUAUUGCUGUAGGAACAGCAGGAGGCGAUGUAUUUCUAGUUGAUAUUUGUAGACAAAUUUGUGAUGAAGCGUUGACUAUAAGUGGAGUGAUUAAAAUUAGAGAUGAAUUAAAUCCUUGUCAAUUAAGCCACAUUACUUCAAAAGAUAUACCCAAAAUAGAAUUUCAUAAAGAAUUUGCAGUCAGGAACAGCCAACAUCUCGCAAUACAUUUAAACUUUGUUUUUGAUAAAUUAACAAAACAUUUCACUCUGAAAGGCCCUAAGGGUGAUGAUAGGAUUCACGUUAAUAAAGAUGAGGUUACUGUUAGUGCUCUUUAUUAUUGUCCCCAGCUUGGUUCUCUAUUGGUGGGUUAUAAUUUUGGAGCCUUUCAGUUAUACAAUUUGAUGAAUUUGGAAUUAAUUUACACUUCACCAGUUUGUGAUGAACACCUACCUAUAUCACAUUUUGCAAUCCAGGAACCUGCUGACGAUCCUAGACCGGUUUGUUACAUUUGGGCUGUUUACAGCACUGAUGAGCAAUACCCAUCGUGCUUACCUCUGGCUGCAAUGUAUGCAUUUUCCUACCAUACUAAAGAAUACCAUGAAGGUUAUGGUUUCUUGUAUCAAGAUUUUAAUACAGCAGGCGUUCAUUAUCAAAUGGAAUUGGGUAUUCCCGAAAGUCAUAAACGAUUGUGUAAACAACGUGGUGGCAGAUGUUUAAAAGUAAAUUCUAUAAAUCGGGGUCCUGUAAAUAGGGAAGGGCCCCAACAUGACUCAAAUGAAGACACUCUCACUUUGUGUGUGUUUGUGUGGGAUGUCUGCUUCAGUAACAAUGAGAGAGACACGUUUUUGGCUAUUUUUGAUUUGAAUCAGUGGUACAAAGAGCAAAUGCCGAGCAUCCAAAAUCCGCAAUAUUCUUCGACUUACAUGUUGCAAAUGUAUCUAAAUGAGUUAAUUAACAACGCUACUAAUAAAAAGGAACCAAUUUUUGAUGUACAAAUUGAUACGAAAUCAUUACAGCAAUUCACAAGGCCUCAAAGACUGGAAGAACAUUUCUACCCGAAUUCGCUCUCAUUUAGAAUGACUUGUUUGCGUGGAUCUGACGUAAUUUUUCUCUACAAUUACGGUGUCCAGAAAGCUUUGUUAGCUCAAAUUGAAUCGUCUGGUCCAUCUUGUGUCAUAGAACCGGCUGAAAUUUAUCAGGAGAUCAUCGGUUUAGGACUCGUUCCCUUAUUUAGUGAUUUACCGGUUAAUACACCUGUUUCAACUAACCAGCAACGCGAAAUUAUUUUGAGUACGGCUUUGGAAAAUCGGUUAGUGGGAUGGUUGUGUAAAUGUGCUUCAGAGUGGGCCAAUGGAAGUUUUCUCUCAACCGGGUGUUCACUGGAUUUAUUGAUUAAUUGGGCAUUUCAGAGAGCGAUUUCUCUUAAAACCAAUUGCGACAAAUUUUGUGUGCCUCUUUUCGAUUUUUCUGAAACUCGUAUUGACAAUAAUACAACCGUCUUACUCAACAGUUGCCUAAGACAAUUGAAAAAUCUGUGCUCAGUUUAUGCUUUCAUUAUCAACAAAUUGUCGGCAUUUAUUCCACAUUUGGAACUAGUAGGAGAACAGUGUAAAUCACUUGAGACAGUUUCUGUUUACUUUGAGGUACUUCAGUGGUUCUUAAAUGUUGGCUUACUACCUGAAUGUCCUUUAACUGCUUAUCCACGUUCGGAUGAUUUUGAACGCAUUAGUGCUCCUUAUCCGGCCGAAAUGUUAAUCGAGUUUUACAAUCACAGGAGAGGAUUAUUAAAAAUUUUAAAUGAAGAAAAUUUCUCCUCAUCGGACAGUGUUCUCUUCAUUGACAGUUUAAUAGAACGCGAAUGUGGCGGAAAAUCAUUACAAGAGCAAUGGCGUAGCGAUGGAGGCAAUGGGUUGUAUCCACCUCCAUCAUUGCAAGCACUUUUAAGAACCUACUUAGUCGAUAAUGUAGAUCUGUCUUGCAAACAUUCUGUCAUAAUUUACGUUUUUCUUGAUUUAGCCAUGACUUUAGAUCAAGACAGGUACAAAUCUGUUAUCACUUACUUAAUUAAAUUUCCUGCUGUUUUUAAAGUGACCCCAAGUGUGAUUAAGAUUAUUCAAGCUUUUUGGCAAUUAGAUCACAGCGAUUAUAAUACUGCGAUGGGCCUCUUAUUAGAUCCACUUGUGUCAUCACAAGACUUACACGACUGGCACCAUAAAAUUGCUUUGAGGGCUUUAUUACUUCAAAAACAGCACAAUUUUGCUCUUUUGUAUAUGCAAGUCAGAAAACCAGUUAUGAAAGACGACGAGGAUAUUUUAACAGCGAUUAGUUUAUACGUUGCUAAUAAUAUGUUAGAUGAAGCUUUUUACUUUGAAAAACAUUUCACAAAUCAGUUGGGGGGCAAAAAAAUUUUGGCACAUCUUUUGAAUGAAUGUAAAAAGAACGARAAACUACGAGCAUUAAUUUACCGUUCCUUCAAUUCGUCUGAUGAAGAUUUUUUCCUCAAAUAUCUCACAAAUAUCAAACAAUCAACAGCAGAGGAUCUUCAUGUCUACUACCAUAUUUUGCGUUCACAUUUUAUUGAAGCUUUUGAAAGRCACAAUCGCACUGUUCCCAAUCAGAUCGAAACUCAAGGAUUAUURGGUCAAGAAAACGCAAUUCCGAGAGAUAAAUUGAUUUACAGUUUGAAAAAACUGCUGCCUGAUGUUAACCGCAAUUUGCUUGAUUUUUGUCACAGAGAGAAAAAUAACACUUGGCAACAGGUGUCAAGACCAACACCCAUGUCGGUUUUUGUUCUCAAUUUAAACGAAAAUGUUAAAUAUAAAUCAACUUUAAUUGGUGCAGCUUUGGCCAAAGCUAGACAAACCUUUAAUGAAUCCGUUAGUAAUAAUGUUAGAUUGGAAACCGAGGAAACUCCUUUUUUGCGAACACCUACAAUUGAAGUGUCAUCCAAAAGGUCUUCAACUGUUAUUGUUAACCCSAAAGUUAUUGAAAGUAUUCAAGAGUCAAAUGAUAUUGGGACGCCACCUUCGUCCAAACGCUUAAAACUGUCCCCAAGACCUAGUACUUUAUUUUCUACUUCAAUUCCGACGAAACUUGAAACUCCUUUAGUUAAACGCAAAACACCGAGAGUUCGUGAUGGGACGGAUGAGAGGUUUAAAAUUGAUACUCCUCACAGUAUUUUGAAGGUUAAAAGUUUCACAAAUCAAACUCCAUCUAAAGAUGGUAAACAGUUUGAAGACGAUUUUAAGGAGUUUGAAAAAUUGGAGUACACUCCUGUGAGUUCAGUUCCAAAGAACAAAGGGUUAGGACUUUCUCCCCGAAAAUCAAUCAGUAAACACACACCUGUAGUCAGGUUUGAGGGUUUGCUGAGUUCUACAGAUUCUAACAGUUUGAAUAAUAGUCGUUUGUCAGAAAAAGAAUCCCCGAAAAGGUGGUCUAAUUCUCCGACUGUUAAUGCGUCUCUAGAUACUAAAAAUUCCUCUUCGAAGAAUACAUCAACGGAAGAAGACGUAUUCUAUUCACCAGAAGCAUCACUUGAAGAAAAACAAGAAAGUAUUAAAAAUGACUCUACUAGACUCGAAAAUAAGGAAGAGACAGUUGAAAUACCGAAACUUGAUCUUGAAGAACAGGAAGAGAUACAGGAAGAGAAACAAGCGACUCCUGUUUACUCACCUAGAAGCCGGACAAGUUUCAAACGGUCUUUAACACCAGUUAGAUCAAGUCCUAGAUUACAACACAGUGCUGUUAAAGAAACACAAGAGAAAGAAAAAAUCAAGGAACCACCCAUUAUUAAUUCAAAGGAAGAAGAUAUAGAAAAAGUUGAAGAAUCAACUUCUUCACUUGACCAAGAUACCUCAUCACCAUUGCCCAAAUUACGUCCUCGCAGAUCACUCUGUAGAAAGGUCCUCGAAACUAAUGCUCUGAAUAGAGUUUUAAAUUCGCCAUUGGAUUCACCUAGAAACCGAAGAUCGGAAGUGACUACUGUAAUUGAAGAAACUACCGAAAAAGUUGUUAUUGAAUCAACAAUAAAAUAUGGAGAUGGUGAAGAAACGCACGAGACCAGUCUCACUAAGAAGCAUAACUUCACAGAAAGUUUUAUUGAGUCAGAUUUGGACACUUCAGGGGAUUAUAGUAUUAAUUACAACGAUACUAAAGAGACUUAUUUAUCAGAUUCAAUGCUGCGUUAUAUAAACAACGCGAAUAGAUCUCUUUUAAAAAAUCAUAGUGUUGUUGAAGAUGAUGAAAAAACAAAUGACAAUGUAAGCAAAAAUAUUGAAGAAGAAAAAGAAGUUGAGGAAACAGUUGAAAACCAAGAAGAACCACAAGAGAGUGCCAAGGAAAUUAAAGAAGCGGAUGAAAAGCAAGAAAAAUUGAAUAAAACCGAAGAAAUUCUAGAAAACCGGGAGUGUGAAAUUCUCAAGUCACGCCCAUCUGACUUGAAUGACAGUGUGAAUAGAAAUAAAAACAUAGCAUAUUCAGUUCUAGAUAGUAGCACUGAAGAAUUUUCAGUCUCAUAUGAAGCGAGUGGUCCGAAAUUGUCCGAAUCGAUUUUACGUUGCAUCAYCAACAGUGAAGAAAAUGAAGAGUCGGAAGUUAUGGAAGUUGAUGAUGUUGAAAUAAUCGAAGAUAACUCAAAUAAACACACUGAAGUUGAAAAAAGCGACGAACCCGUUUAUGCUACCUUGAAAAAUACCACUUUUGAAGAACGUCGGAAAGAAGAUACUGGUAGAGAAUUGAUUUACGAACAAAGCAAAGAAGAAAAAGUUCAGUCGUUUGAUGGGGACGUCUCAACUGACAGGGCUGUAGAUCCGGGAAUGAACGUUUUCGAGAUUUCUGAGGAUCUCAGUUUCAAUGAUGGUUUUCUGGUCGAGAAAGAAGUGACACUUGAAGAAAAAGAUCUGUGUUAUGGACAGCAGAAUACGUUAGAGAAUGUUUUGGAGGAGAACAUGACGACUGAAACUUCUGUAACUUCGACUUCUUUGAAUGCAUUAGAAAAAAAUAUUUUGAAUGAGAGUUUGGAAGAAGAAGAACACAAAGGUGAAGAAAACCAGGCAAAGCCUCGUUCACCCGAAAAGAACAAAUCUGACGAGGUUAUCGAAAUUGGAAGUUCUAGUGAGGAAGAAAAAAGUAAAGAUGAUUUCAGUGCUUCGUCUAGUCCGUCGAGUGAUUAUAAUGAAAGCUGUGAAGAAAAAUUAGAAGUCUCGUAUGAGAGAAAUAUUUAUGAUACAGAAUGUGGUUCUUCUGAUAGCUACGAACAACGUUAUAGUGAAAUAAGCGAAAACAGUGAUUAUGAAAAUUCAAAGGAAGGGUUUGGUCUGUUUAAGAGUGUCUACAUUGAAGAUGGGGAAGAAGAAAUAGAAGAAACCAAGGAUAGUGAGAGUGAGAAGGAUGAGAAGGAUAAAGACCAUGUUGAGGAACACAGAGAAACUGAAAUGGGAAAAGAAUUGCACGACCAGAUUUAUCUAAACGUAGAACGGGAAGAAGAAAUUCAAACUGAGGAAGAAGAGAGUCAAAAAGAAAAAGUAGAAAGCAAAGAAGAGAAACAUGAUAGAUCUGGAGAUAAAGAAGAAGAAGUUGAGCAGGCAGGAACAUGUUCAAGUGAAAAGCAAUAUAAUUUGAUUGAAGAUCAAAGCACAGAAAAAGAAGAGAAACAUGUCAAAUCUGGGGAUGAAGAGGACUUGUUUGAAAACCAGAGUAUGGAAAAAGAAAUUCCAAAUGAAGAUAAAAAUGCGAAUACGUCUGAUGAAAUGGAAGAGUUGCAAUAUUCGAUCGAUACAGAGAGCGAAGAUCAGCAAGAGAAAAUAAUUGAAASUCUMCAAGAACCCGCAAAACAAGAAUUUGAAAAAAAUGAGACGUCACAGUACGAUGUUACGAAAAAACAAGACAAKGAAGAUAAGGAAACUUUAAAAAAAGUCUUAAACGAAUCUAUACCACAUGAUCCAUUGGAUUUUGAAAUCUUGUCCAGAGAACCAGACAUUUGCGUCCUUGAUAAAAUACACUUCGAACCAGUUUCAACGGAAAAAGAUAAACAAUCGAAGUCUUUUUCUCAAGAAAGUUUCAAUUCCAAAAAGAGUCGCCCWCGAAAAAACAAGUUAGAAAUAACUGCUCAACUGUCUGAAACUCUUGACGUUUCAACACAAUCCGUUAGAAAGCUACGUUCUAGAACAGUGAGCACUGAGGAAGCUCCAAGCUCUGUUGUAACAUUAAGAAAACGUAGCGCAAGUGUCGACGAAGCGAAAUCUUCUCAAAAAACAKCAGYYACCGAAASUGAAGUCAGAAAAGGGAGGAAUCGGCGAGCGGCGUCUGUGGCUCCUUUACCUAAAAUUGAAGAAGAAGACAGCGAGAAGGGUAAAAAGUCACAGAGCGUGCUCGAAGGGUACUCGAUGACAAGACGAGUUACUCGCCGGCAGAUGGCUUUGUUGAAGAACAUGCCUGAAACUGAGACCACAAAAACUGAUUUGGAGAGCAUCGACCCGAUUGUCUUACUAGAUAGAGUUUCUUUCGAGGGUAAACCUGAUCCUGAGGAACAAAAAGUUUACGAAACAUCGCCGUCUACUACAACCAGUGCGACCAGUUCUCCAGUCAAAAAACCUUCAAGGAGGUUAAGAUCGGCAUCGCAAGCUUCGGAAACCUCACAAAGAUCAAGGAGUAAGACUCCGGUGAAGUCUGAUGGUAGCAUAUCUGAGCAAAGGAUGACCAGAAGUAGGACUAAAUCAGGGUCUUCAAUCCAUUCUGAAGAUUCAAUUUUAGACACAUCACGGCCGAUUAAGGUUGGUAAACGAAAAGUAGCCUCGAAAACAAGUUUACCAAAAAUAAAAGAAGAGUCAGUUCAACCAGAAAACGUUGUAAUUCCCAAAAAACGAACAAGGAAAAAUAGUUCACAUGUGUAAUUCUAACUUUUGUAUACUUAUUAUUUUUAGUCCGAGAAUAUGUAAUAAAUGUUAAUUUUUUUUAA